AUGACCGUUGUCCCCCUCAAUGGCCCUCUGCGGAGGCUCAUCUCCAUCUCCCCGAAAUCUACCUUGUACUUUUCCAAACGGACCUUUGCGACAACCUUGCCUCGAGAUGCCGAUUGGGGCUUCAUUGGUCUAGGUCAGAUGGGCUAUCCCAUGGCGAGAAACCUCCGGGCAAAGAUUCCCGAGUCCGAUACCCUCGUUAUCUGCGAUGCCAACCCUGAAUCAACGCAAAGAUUUGUUGCAGAACACUCUAAUCAGCGAGUAGAGGUCGCUUCAAAUCCUCGCGAAGUGGCAGAGAAAGCGGGAACGGUCAUAACCAGUCUUCCUGAGCCCCAGCAUGUAAAGGGGGUCUUCCACACCAUCCUUAAAAACGGUCUGCCAAAACUGACAAAGGAACGUCUCUUCAUUGAUUGCUCGACAAUCGACCCGAUUUCCUCGCGGGAAGUCGCAAGCGCGGUCCAUUCAACCGGUGCCGGUCGAUUCGUCGAUGCGCCCAUGUCGGGCGGUGUGGUUGGUGCCACCGCAGGAACGCUCACCUUUAUGGUUGGCGCCUCAUCCAAGGUUCCAGGCUUGGUACAAGAGGUAGAAGAUGUCCUCCUGUUGAUGGGCAAAAAGAUGUGGCUCCUGGGUGAACAAGGAGCUGGCCUUUCCGGAAAACUGGCAAAUAACUAUCUCCUUGCCAUCUCCAACAUUGCCACCGCAGAAGCCAUGAAUUUAGGAGUCAGAUGGGGACUAGAUCCCAAAGCCCUUGGCCAAAUGAUAAAUUCAUCCACCGGCAGAUGUUGGUCCAGUGAAGUGAACAACCCAGCUCCCGGUGUCAUCGAGACUGCGCCAGCUUCGCGCGAUUAUUCCGGAGGAUUUGGCGUUAGUUUGAUGAAAAAAGAUCUCAGACUCGCCGUCGAAGGGGCAAGGGAGGCCGGAACCCACUUAGAACUGGCAGCCAAAGCGCAGGAGGUCUAUGAUGCCACAGAGGCUGCCCAUCGGGGGAAGGACUUUUCCGUUGUAUAUCAGUACUUGAAAGACCACUCAAAUUAG